AUGGAGAAUUCUAGCGCUGUUAUCGUGAACAGCCCUGAUAUUUUCGUCUGCAACAACUGUAGCCUGGUCAAGUUUCCAGAUGUGGACCCAGAAAACCUAACAUCGGUGAACCUUGCAUCGAACAAUAUCACCGAUAUCUCUGACCUCCCCAACUUCCCAAAGUUAGAGACGCUAGACCUGGGCAGUAAUCUAAUUACAUACAUCCACUGGCAUUGGUUUAAAGCACCGCAGUUAAAACUCCUGGAUCUGUCUAACAACAAGAUUACUCACGUUUCGGGAAAGUUUAUCGCUCAUUUCAUGCCAAAUAUCAACGUCAUUGAUCUCAGUGGUAACGAAAUCUCGUCUUUUCCAAAAGAGACCUUCUUGUUCCCCACCGAAAACUACGCUAGCGUACAGCUAGGUGGGAACCCGUUCCACUGUGAUGCGCGCUUGUGCUGGCUAAAACGUGAAGUUCUGUGUUUGUCGCAAUGUUGGCACUGUGGGAGUAUUCAACAACUGGCUGUUCGAGUUCCAAGAUCAGUUUUCAAAGAAUGUUGCCCUAAUUGUCCCAGUAGCAGCCUGUAUUUCGAACUAAUGCAAUAUUACGAAAUCGAAAAGUUAAUAUGUGCGAGCCCCAAACACGUUGCGGGACAGGUUGUAUUUCAAGUAUUAGAUGAACAUUUUUGCCAUUCAACUACAGUCACACUCACUGGGCCAAUCCAGAACUAUACACUCAUAACGGAACCAAAUCUGAACACCUCAGUAUUCAAUUCAACGUCAGUGACGUCUAAUACAUCCUUGUCCCCAGUUUCGACAGAAUACGAUGAGUUUACCCAAGGAGUCCCCCGGCUUUCCGAAGUCUCCACGUUAGCCAAAACUGAACCGACAACAGACAGUUCGUUAUCAGUAGAAGCGACGACAGUGACAGGUUAUGCUGUUGCCUCGGUAGCUUUCACAGCCCUUGUUGCAGCUUUGCUGUGCUGCUUGACUCGGUAUCGAGCUCGGCGCCGGGACGAUCUGGGGUUGCAACGGGCAUUGAGGCACGGGCCCCCGCUUGUCCCAAACCGCAUGUACGCCACCAAUUCUCACCAGCUUGGCAUACAACAAGCAUCGAGAGCAAGACACUUACUCAGCCCGAACCAAAUGUACACCACAAACCCGAGUCAACAACUAACUGGCUCCAGUGAAACGACAGCAAACCAAGCUGGCAUUGAAAAUAUUGAACCAUACGAAGAAACAAGUUUAUCCAAAAUUGCAGAGAGCCAGGAAGAGCCUCAAUAUUCGAAUCAUGAGGUCGAACACACCUAUACAAACAUUAUAGAUGACCAGCAUUCUGUCAGGCAGAUUGUAGAGGCGAAUCGCGAUCCCCAAUAUGUUAAUGAGGCGGGCAGAUACGAGACGAUUCCGAAUGAACUGGGGUGUACAGGCGUGGAACCGUACGCUGAAGUUAGUCUGGCAGCCAUUGCUGACAAAUCUUGUCCAAAAGGUGGUAGUGAUGGUAGUGAUAGAACUGUUACAGAGGCAACACCCGUGGCAAACACUUCGCAUGCUGACCGGGCAGCUAUACCAACGAACCACGACACUGUAAGCUCAGAAGAAACAGAAAAACCUUGA